GUAUAUAGACCGAGUAGUGGACGUUUUCUCAACGUGCGCGCCACGAAGCCACUCCUAUUUUGGUGACGAGGCUACCCUUCAAAUACGCUUCCAUGCCCCGGGAUAGACCGUUCGAGCUAGUCGCCUUAGUGAUUUUGCUUGAUCCGCUACUAUAGAGCGCCAUUGAACAAUAUUGAAUAUGUACACACAGAUGCUUGGCAUUUUGCUAAAGGUUUGGGCAAGCUUCCCGCAUCCGCGCCUAAUCUCGCCCGCCUCGAAAUGAAUGAAUGAAAGUCUCCCAAGCUCUCCCUUCAUUCAUGGUGAUGGAUGGAUCCAUCCAUCCACCUAUCCUUUCGGGUUCGCUUCCACAUACCACUGGCUUGGCGAGAUCAAAGUCAAGGUGAUCCCUGUAAGAAAAGCGUUUUCUCGUCUCCAGUUGGAUUGUCUGCCGCAGCUCCUUAUUUCACCAAUAUUCCUGAAGGUUGAUAGAAGCUACCGUACUAGGUUCAAGGCAACGGCGUCACAGUCCUCCGUACGAUGCAUGUAUUAUUUCCGUCAAUCCAGGGAUCCUCACCAUGCACGGUUCUGGUGGUCAUCAAUGCUCCAGGGGGACAAUUGACGAUCCCUUCAAUAAAAUAUAUCACAUUGGGUGCCAGCAACUCCAUAAACGACCCCGUAUCACAGAAUAGCUAGAUCUCUCAUCGCGAUCUCGAAAGUUCAA